UUUGCUGGUGCUUUGUGUCCCAACUAACUUCCUCUUUCGUCUAUCAGGUUCUGGAGGUGUGGAGCUGCUCCUCGUCCUGUGCGGCCUGGACCUCUCCUCCCCCUGUCCCAGGAACUGUAUCUGCUACACCUCUCCCAGCACCGUAUCCUGUCAGGCACAUAACUUUCUGUCUGUCCCAGAGGAGAUCCCAGCCCAGAGCGAGAGGGUCUUCCUGCAGAACAACAAGAUCCAGCGUCUGCUGCGAGGCCACUUCAGUCCCACCACGGCCAUGCUGUGGCUGUACUCCAACAACAUCUCCUACAUCCAGGCCUCCACCUUUCAUGGCUUUGCCCGCCUGGAGGAGCUGGAUUUGGGGGACAACCGUCACCUGAGGGCCCUGGCUUCAGACACCUUCCAGGGCCUAGGCCGGCUGCACGCCCUGCACCUCUACCACUGUGGGCUGCUCAGCCUGACGCCGGGGAUCUUCGAGGGGCUCAGCAGCCUGCAGUACCUCUAUCUACAGGACAACCAGUUGGAGUUCCUGGAAGAUGAUCUGUUUGUGGACCUGCUUAACCUCACCCACCUCUUCCUCCAUGGCAACAAGCUCUGGUCCCUCCACCAGAACACAUUCAGGGGACUGGGAGUCCUGGACCGCCUCUUACUACACCAGAACCGGCUACAGUGGGUCCAUCGUCUGGCCUUCCACGACCUGAGUCGCCUCACCACCCUCUACCUGUUCAACAACUCUCUGACUGAGCUGUCUGGAGCCAGCCUGGCUCUGCUGUCUGCCCUGGAAUACCUCAGACUCAACAAUAACCCCUGGGAGUGUGACUGCAAGGCUCUGCCACUGUGGGACUGGCUGCGGAGGUUCCGGGGUUCAACGUCGGUGCUGGAGUGCGUUUCCCCUCCUGAGCUCCAGGGCCGGGACCUGAAGGGCCUGAGGAAAGAGGAUCUACCCAGCUGUUCAGCAGGAGAAGCCCGGGAAGGAGGGGUCGUAGGCGGGGAGGCCGAGCUGGGGGAGUCCCAGACGAAAGGCGAGCACCAUCGACUCCAUCACAGGAACCACAAGCACCGCCAUAACCACCACCAGCACCUCCCGCACGGGGACCAGAACAACGGGGACCCGUCCUCUUCGCCCCUACCCUUACCCCUUCCCAGGCCGCCCAAGGGGAGUCACAGGAACUGUACCCGGGGCCGCAAGGGAAAGGGUGGCAAGGGGGGUCAGAACGAGGUGCAGGUACUGAGGGGGGAGGAGGACUACACCCCGGGAGGGAAUAAAUACAACCCCUCCGCCCCCCCUCGCAGGAGGAACAAGUGUGUCCCCAGGACAUCAGUUGGCCCGCCCAGUGGGGUCAAGAGAGCCAAUAGUAACGUGGCGUCCUGCCCCGCUGGGACUUUUCUCUGCAUCCUAUUGGCUGUGCUGCUGUCACUCAGCUGAGACUGGGUUUACAUGUCGCUAAUGUUUUAUCAACAACAACCUACAGUACAGUUCAGAACACACACACCUGUGACUGACCAGCUCUGGCUCCUGCACUGAGGUGUGUGUGUGUGUGGGGGUUGAAGUUGAUGCGUUCAUUUUAACUGAAGCUGAUGAGCCAAGGGAAUUACUCGUCGCUCUUUGAUGAUGUCAUAAAGGGGAGUCAGUCUCACCUCUAGGGUUCUGAUUGUGUGGUUGAUUCUGUUGAGAAUACAAGAAGAAGAAUACUACUACAGCCAUAUCACCUGAGAGGAAACCUCAGCCAUGACGAUAACAUGACCCUAACACGUUGUUGCCAUACUAGAAAAACAUCCAUAAAAUGUCAACUGGUCCAAUGCUCUUAACCUCUAGGUUACCCGCUGCCCAUAUUAAACUGUGUUACUGACCCAACACUCUUAACCUCCUUGUUACCCGCUGCCCAUAUUAAACUGUGUUACUGACCCAACACUCUUAACCUCCUUGUUACCCGCUGCCCAUAUUAAACUGUGUUACUGACCCAACACUCUUUAACCUCUAGGUUACCAGCUGCCCAUAUUAAACUGUGUUACUGACCCAACACUCUUUAACCUCUAGGUUACCAGCUGCCCAUAUUAAACUGUGUUACUGACCCAACACUCUUUAACCUCUAGGUUACCCGCUGCUGUCAUUCAAAAAUCAUGUCAAACCCUUAUUAUUUCACACAGAGUGAGUCCAUGUCACGUAUUAUGUGAUUUGUCAAUGCUGGAAUCCUUGACACAAAAAACGAAGUUUUUUAUACCCCGCCUCUGUUUUGGUAAAAAAUGAAAUAAAGCUGAGGGAUGGGCAUGGAGAAAUGUAACCACUUUCAAGUUCGCAAUGAUAGUUGUAGCCAUGUUUUGAGGCUAUACAGUAUUUGUUUUGAGGCUAUACAGCGUUUGUUUUGAGGCUAUACCGUGUUUGUUUUGAGGCUAUACAGUAUUUGUUUUGAGGCUAUACAGUAUUUGUUUUGAGGCUAUACAGUGUUUGUUUUGAGGCUAUACAGUGUUUGUUUUGAGGCUAUACAGUGUUUGUUUUGAGGCUAUACAGUGUUUGUUUUGAGGCUAUACAGUAUUUGUUUUGAGGCUAUACAGCGUUUGUUUUGAGGCUAUACAUCGUUUGUUUUGAGGCUAUACAGUGUUUGUUUUGAGGCUAUACAGUAUUUGUUUUGAGGCUAUACAGUGUUUGUUUUACAUUUACAUCAUUUACAAAACAUGGAACUAAACUCAUGAAGCAUUCUACAAUAAUCAAUGGGUAUAUAUCAUUCAUUUAUAAGUCCAAAAAUGUGUCACAAUUUAAGGAUUCUAUCUUUAAGCCACAUUUUAUCUUAAUUUAGGCUUGCCUAAACAAAGGGGGUGAAUACUUAUGCAACUAAUAUAUUUUAAGUUAUUGAAAUUGUAUUCCUUUGUAAACAUUGGUAGAAGUACAUUUCAACCUUGACAUUAUGGAGUAUUUUGUGUAGAUCAAUAACAAACAAAAAAAAUCUGAAAUAAAUCCCUUUCAAUUCCAAUGUAUAACGCAACAAAAUGUGAAAAUCCAAGAGGGGUGAAUACUUAUCACACCCUCUGUAUAAGCCGUUCUAGUUGUAGAGACCCACUGGGGAACAGACGUCAAUUCAACGUCUUUUCCACGUUGGUUCAACGUAAUUUCAUUAAAAUGAUGUGUAAACAAUGUGGAUUCAACCAGUGUGUGCCCAGUGAGGAAAGAGGGAGAGGUUAGUGCCUACGGCAAACCUAGAUGCCCAAGAGGCUCAAAGCCCAGAAGUCAGAGGUCAAUGAUAGCUAAGAGGGGAGUUAUUUCAUCUCUCCAAUAGCCUCAUGGCUUGUUUUGGAGCCUGCCACAUAUGAACAUUCAUGUACAUGGUCUAUUUCAACAUCAGUCAGAGAGGAAUAAUUAAGGAAUGAGUAUUUGAAACUCCAAUGAGAAGAGAGAAUGGACAAACUGCUGCUUCUGGAGUGUUGGGAAUGUUCUAAACUACACAAUGGAUCUGAGAGACUGAACAUGGAACGUUCUGAUUCUACUGAACUGCUGCUAUGUCUGGGGAGACAGAGAGCUCUGGAACUCUCCUCGCGAUUCUGGAACCUUCUUCAGGAUAAGGAAUCUUCUUCAUGUUUUUCCGGAACCUUCAUGUUUCUGGAACUCUCUUCGGGAUUCACAAACCUUCAGUGUUCUGGAACUCUUAUUCAUGGUUCUAGAACGUUCUUUAGGAUCUGGAACUCUUCUUCAUGGAGAGGUGAUAAAGGGACAGGUGACAGAGGGCCCACAGCGCUCCUUGUGGACUGGAGUGGUAACAACACCUCCCCAGCCUUGCCCAGCCCUGUCCAGUCCUACACUCACCAAGCUGUCCCCACGGUGACAGAUGUCCCUGUAGAACAGUGGUCUCCAACCCUGGUCCUGGAGAUAUACAGGGCUUUUGUUCUAGCCCUGCACUGACACACCUGAUUCUGGCUAGUGCAGGUGUCGGCUAACUACGGCCUGAUGAAAUGUGCAACGCAAGGGAAUUUUUUGUUCGUUUUUUUUAAACACUCCAGGCCACACUUGAACAUCUUAAACUAAAUAGAAAGUAGCUCCACGUCAGUCAGAGCGCUGUCUGCUGAUAAAACUCCCGUCCCUGAAUUCUCACCCGAGUGGAGAAGUGGCAACUGAAGCACAAAAUGUGUCUGAUGCCGAGCAGAAAUUACAAUAGAUUUGCGUUUACAAAAACACAACAAGAUAUUUCUUUUGCGUUUUUACCUUUUUUUUUUCCUGCGUGAAAAAUAAAGAAUUCUGCAUUAACGCAACUUCCUAAGUUUAACUUGCUAGUUAGUUAAGUGGCUGAAUUAACAAGGUGAUUGGGGCAUUAUAUUGUGUUGGCUGCCGUGUUGGAGAAGCCAAAGCCCUUUGGAUUAGUCAUUUAUACAGCUAUCACUGUAAUCUUUUGAUUUCCUUACGUUUUUUUCUCCUCUCCUUCCUCGGCUGUCUGCUCCUUCCCCAUCUUCUCCGAGCAGAGCAGACAGGCCCGUUGCCCUAGCGACUAGGGAAUGUGAACGAGAGACGUUGUGCAAAU